AUGUCAGGUCUUCCGGCAGUGUUGAUUGCAUUUCUGUUUUUCAUGGAUUUUGUGAAUGGUGAUAGAACUCCAGCAGCCCAAGACAACAAAAGUCAUGUUGCCAUCAAUUGUGGCUCUAGUGGAGACUGUAUUGCACUUGAUGACAGCAGAUGGGUCAGAGAAGCAGGCUCAACAGCUUUCAUGUCCGGCGAAUCAAAAAGCUCUAUAGCCGCUACAACUUUAUUCCAUGGUGCCUAG